GUUUCACUUCCUGCUUCUGAGUAUCUGGUUGAACGACUUAAGCUUAAUCUGUCCAACUCCAGUCAGUGCCUAUCCCACAUGGUUUGACUCAGAGAUUCUCUUUCGUCCACAGGCAAUCGUCUCAGGAGCAGAAAGAAAAGAGCUCCCAAAUGCUGUGUCUAUUCGGGGGCUCUCAAGAACAAUGGAAUAUCCUGAUUUAGAAAAUCUGGAUGAAGACGGAUACACUCAAUUACGCUUCAGCUCUCAAAACAAUACCAGGAUAUCCGUUGUUUCAGAGAAAGGAUCUUGCGCUGCAUCUCCUCCUUGGCGUCUUAUUGCUGUGAUUUUGGGAAUCCUCUGCUUGGUAACAGUGGUGACAGCUGUGGUCCUGGGCACCACGGCUAUAUGGAGAUCCCAUUCAGGAAGCAACCCACUGAAGGAUGGCCACUUUCCACCAAGAAAUAAAGAGAACCACAGUCAACCCACACAAUCAUCUUUAGAAGAGAGUGUGACUCCUACCAAAGCUAUCAAAACCACAGGAGAUCGUUCCAGCCCUUGUCCUCCUAACUGGAUUAUACAUGAGAAUAGCUGUUAUCUAUUCAGCACAUCACUAAAUUCUUGGGAUGGAAGUAAAAGACAAUGCUCUCAACUGGACUCUAACCUCCUGAAGAUCGACAAUUCAAAAGAAUUGGGAUUUAUAUUAAAGCAAGUAUCUUCCCAACCUGAUAAUUCAUUCUGGAUAGGCCUUUCGAGGACCCAGACUGAGGGACCAUGGCUGUGGGAGGAUGGAUCAACAUUCUCUCCUAACUUAUUUCAGAUCAGAACCACAGCUACCCAAGAAAACUCAUCUCUCAAUUGUGUAUGGAUUCAUGUGUCAAUCAUUUAUGAUCAAUUGUGUAGUGUGCCCUCAUAUAGUAUUUGUGAGAAGAAGUUUGCAAUGUAAGGGAUAGGGUAGAGGAGGAGGGAAGAAAUACGUGAGCUAGUAAGGAGGACAGAAAACAGAACAGAAAAGAGUAACAGCAGAAGUCAAAAUAAAUGCAGAAAAUGUUCAGAGAGCUUGGCAAACUGUAAUCGUACCCAAGAAAUUGAAAGGGGAGGCUGUGGUUUCUGUAUUUGUUGACCUACACAUAGGCCAGUAUUAUUGUUCUAGUUAGUAGAUCUCUAGACAUGGAGUCAGGGCAGUCAAGCUUGAAUUUCUUUUCUUUUCUUUCUUUUUUUUUUUUUUUUUUUUUUUGAUAGAAUCUCACUUUGUUACUCAGGCUGGAGUGCAAUGGCGCGAUCUUGGUUCACUGCAGCCAUCUCCUCACCUCAGCUCCCCCGAGGUAGCUGGGACUACAGGUGCAUGUCACCAUGCCUGGCUAACUUUUGGUAUUUUUUGUAGAGACUGGGUUUUGCCAUGUUGACCAGGCUAGUCUCCAACCCCUGGGCUCAAGUGAUUGCCUGCCUUGGCCUUCCAAAGUGCCGGGAUUACAGAUGUAAGCCAUCACGCCUUGCCCCAAGCCUGAAGUUUCAUUUUGCCAUUGACUUGGUAUUUACCUGGGAUAAACCAUAAGAUAAUCUUAAUUCCCGGCUCUAUUAGAGUUGUUUUUGUACUCAAAUAUGCCAUUGAAGUGCAUGGUUUGUUGCCACAAUUUGUCCCUUAACUUCUAGCAGUAUGGAAACUGCUCUCAAAGGAAAGUUUUCUGCUUUUUAAACGCUAGCAACCAAAAAAUACACAAAGUCUGUUGAUGAAUAUAAAAAAGUAAUCAAUCUAAUUGGAACAAGUAUUAACAUUUUGUAAUAUGAAACAUGCUUUAUUAGUUUCCUGAUGUACUGUUUUAUAAUUUUUAUCAUUUUUUUCAGUAACUACUGCAAAAAGGUAUUAUUGGAAUGAAACUAUAUUUCCUCAUGUGCUGAUUUGUCUCUUUUCUUUUUUUUCAUACUUUCCCACUGGUGCUAUUUUUAUUUCCAGUGGAUAUUUCUAUAUUACUGGGGAGGCAUUUGCAGCCCUCUAAUGUCAAUUAAUAUGUGAAAAGAAAUUGUACAAAUUUCACUAAAUUAUUCACUUUAAAAUGGCUGAUUUUAUGUUAUGUGGAUUUCAUCUCAAUAAAAAAAGAAAACUCUUAUCAAAAAA